AAAGGAACUUAAACCAUACUUUUUGUCCUAAAACGUUGCAUGUCUUGUACGCCACGCCGCUCUUUAGGGUUUUGAACUCCUGCCUGCACCAUGAGAAAACUACUGCAAAAGAUCUCGGAGGAUCGUAAAGCCGUCGUUGGAAGCUCGUUGACGAUCCCAGAUGAUCUCGUAUUCGAGAUACUAUUGAGAUUGCCUUGUAAAAGUAUAGCCAGAUGUCGAUGCCUAUCGAAACUCUGGGCGUCCAUAUUCGACAGUCAAGAUUUCACGGACCGCUACUUGACAAUAUCAUCUGCUCGUCCUCAGCUCUUGUUCGCCUUCCAAGAAUACGGCAAGGUAUUCUUCUUUUCCACACCUCAGAAUCAUGAACAUGACAACUCGUCUCCUAUAACAGCAAGUUAUCAUAUGAGUUUCCCGGUUAGAAGUCGUGUCAGAGAAAUAUAUAGUCCUAUCAGUGGUUUGGUCUGCGUUAAAGAUGAACGGAUCUUAAAGGGGAUGAAAACUCCAGUGACGGUGUGGAUGAUAUGUAACCCUAGCACCGGGAAGUCUUUCUCGUUACCUAGAAUAAACACAAGGAAAUGGUCUACUGUGAGAAGCUUUUUUGGGUACGAUCCUGUUGAGAAGCAGUUCAAGGUUUUGUCAAUGACAUUUGCAACUGGCGUAGUAAAUGGCGUAAUAGAUUACACCAACUCUACGGAUCAUCAGGUUCUGACGUUACAAGCUGGGAAACUCUCAUGGAGGAUGAUUGAAUGUAGCAUACCGCAUUAUCCUCGAUGUAAUUCUGUUUGCAUCAAUGGUGUUUUGUAUUACAUAGCUGAGAACGGAGCUUUUUCUCCUACCUAUCGUGACAUGAUUAUAGUCUCCUUUGAUUUUAGAUCUGAGAAGUUCAGCUUUAUUGAAGUUGCCAAACCUUUCUUUCAUAGUCUGAUAAACUUCAAUGGUAAACUGGCUUCAGUUACGAGUGACUCUAAUUAUUUUGAUAGAGCAAGCACAUGUCUUAAUUUGAGGGUUCUGGAUGACAUAGAGAAAAAUGAAUGGUCCAAGCAUGUUUACAAACUGCCUCUGUCUUGGGAGAAUGUAGUUGCAGAUGCCAACUUACACUGUGUUAAAGUGACUGCUUCCAAUGAAGUUGUGUUGUCAGGGUACUCUCAACGCUCUCCUUUCUAUGUCUUCUACUACAGUCUUGAGAAGGAAACUAUCAGAAGAGUUGAAAUCCAAGGAAUGGAAGCUUUUACGCGUUUCCAAGUUUACACUUUUGUAGACCAUGUAGAAGACGUCAGGCGUAUGAAAAGUGUUUUAGGACUGGCUCCUUAAGUGAAUGAUCACGGGAUCUUAAUACCUUUCCGCUGGUUUUAUGUUUCUCCUUUCCGUGAUGGUAUGUAUCUUAUCCUCUUUUUCAAUGAACACCAAGGACCAAUAUCUUUUUUAUGCUAAGCCUAAACAGUUCAGUGUUGGUUUUAAAUCGUAUUCUAUAUUUGACAAAUGCUUCAUCAACAAUAAAAGUAGUCGCUGCUUUAGGUCGUUAGCAUCCUAUUUUGGUUCUCUCUAUGUUACUCAGUACAUCAAUGUUUACUUUAAGUAAUGUCUUUAUUGGAAUGCAGUAACAUGCAGACGUUCAAAAUCUUCCAAAAACUAAUUUGGAAAUUAAACUGAACUUUUGUCUACUAUUGUCUUCUAGGUUUUGGUUUAGAGCUUCAUCAUUAAUGUAGUCUAAAUGCAAAUUCCACAAAGUAAUGCUAUUACGUAAGUUUUCCUUUUUCACUUUAACGUCGGUCAAAACAAAAAAGUUAAAAGACAAUUGGAAAUAGGAAGAUUGAAGUCGGUGAUCGGGUUAUAAAUAAGAUUUUGGUGGUCUAAGCUUGAAUUAUGAGAGAGAUAACAAGAGAUCUUAAGAAACACUUUUCUUUGAGUGAAUAAAAGAUAAGGUUCUGAUAUUGAUUUCAUUCUUUUCUUUGAAUGACGCCAUCUAUCAGGAGCACCAAGUUCUGACGAUAGAAACUGGGAAACUUUCAUGGAGAAUGAUUGAAUGUGAAUGAGAAGUACAACUUUAUUAAAGUCAUGAAACCUUUCACUGAGUUAGUGCAUCCUGCAACAGUGCUGAUAAACUACAAUGGUAAACUGGCUUCACUUAGGUCGAGUGAGUGUUUUGAUUUUUGUAGAAAAACCACAAGUUUUGAGAUGUGGGUUCUAGAUGACCUAGAGAAAAAGGAAUGGGGACGUCCAAGCAUGUUUACAAACUGCCUCCGAUGUGGGAGCAUGCAGCUGCAGAUAAUUUCUUAUACUGUGCUGGAGUGACUUGUUCAAAUGAAGUUGUGUUGGUAAAGUACUCUCUGUACGGCCCUUUCUAUGUUUUCUACUACAGUCUCGAGACGGAAACUAGCAGAAUAGUUAAAAUCCAAGGAUUGGGAGCGUUUGGUGGAUUCAGAAUUUACACCUUUGUAGACCAUGUAAGAAGUAUCACAUGAAAGAGAAAUGUUUGUUAGGCUAGCUCUCAAGUGAUUCUAAGAAGUAUCAUCACAUGGUCUUACUAGAGCCCUUAUCUUCCCGCUGGUUGCAUGUUUUCUAUUGUCUAUGAUGAUGGUAUGCAUCUUAUCCUAAUGUUCAGUGGUUCGUGUAUUAAAGAGCAAUGUUUGUUCUAUGCUAAGCCAAAAACAAUUCAGUGUUUUUACAUCGUAUUACAUAUUAACAAAUGACAAUACAUGAAUAAAAAGGAUCCCUACUUCACGGGGCUAGCAUCCAUCCUAUAUAUUAUUGUUUCUUUCAGAAACAUGCAGAUAUUCAAAAGUUUCCAUGCAAAUUUCACCUAAGCUCUGCU